UCGGCCCAGGGCCGGAGGGCCCAGUACUUACUAACGGUCUCUCUAGGCAACAGAAUUGGACUUCCGGCCUCGCGCCGCGGGGCGGGAAGGGGGCGGGGCGGAGGUAGAGGGUCUUGAAACUACAUUUCCCACUAUGCAUCACCCAGUGGGUGGUCGAAGCGCCCAGGCUCAGCCGGUCUGCAAAGCACUACGGGGAUUGAAGUUCCUUUCCACCUCCCGGAACACGGCAGGCAGCAUUAGCGGAGCUCCUGACAGAGCCAAUCAAAAGGCGCCACCGGACCGAGGGCGGGAAAAGAAGACUCACCUUCGAGCGGCCAUGUCCCGGGCCAAGGUCCCGGGGCCGCUGUGGGCCCUGUGGCUGAUGCGAGCGGCGCUGGCCACCGUGUACUUCCAGGAAGAAUUCCUCGAUGGAGAAAGUUGGAGAAAUAGAUGGAUACCUUCCACUAAUGACUCCAAAUUUGGGCACUUUAGGCUAUCAUCAGGAAAAUUUUAUGGAGACAUACAAAAAGAUAAAGGUCUGCAAACCACUGAAAAUGCAAAAUUUUAUGCUAUCUCCUCACGAUUUAAACCAUUUAGCAAUAAAGGAAAGACACUUGUUAUUCAGUAUACAGUAAAACAUGAACAGAAGAUGGAUUGUGGUGGGGGUUAUAUUAAGAUCUUUCCUUCAGAGUUGGAUCAAAAGAACCUAAAUGGGAAGUCACAAUAUUACAUUAUGUUUGGACCUGAUAUUUGUGGAUUUGAUAUCAAGAAAGUUCAUGUUAUUUUAUUUUACAAGAAUCAAUAUCAUUCAAACAAGAAACCAAUCAGGUGUAAGGUUGAUGGCUUUACACAUUUAUACACUCUGACAUUAAGACCAGAUCUAACUUAUGAAGUGAAAAUUGAUACUGAUAUAAUCGAAUCAGGCAGCAUAGAAGAGGAUUGGAAUUUACAAAAAAUUAGAAGAAUGGAGAAAUCUGCUUUGAAGAUGCCUGAGAAUUGGGAUAAAUUGUCUCAGAAUGAUAAACCCAGUGAUGUUCCAUCUCAGGACUGGGAUAAGCACCUUUUGGAUGCCAGUGCCAACAAACCUAGUGACUGGAAUAGUGAAUUGGAUGGAGAAUGGCAGCCAUCAGUGAUUCAGAAACCUAAACAUAAAGAUGGAUUGAAAUUAGAUAAUUCAGAUUAUAAAGAUGUUUGGCUUCAUAAGAAGAUUGAAAACCCAGGAUACUUGCAAGAUUUUGAAUUCUUAGAAUAUGAGGAUAUCGGUGUUAUUGGACUGGAACUCUGGCAGGUAAGAUCUGGAACCAUCUUUGAUAACUUUUUGAUCACUGAUGAUGAAAAUUAUGCUGCAGAUUUUGGCCUAAAAACCUGGGGAAGGACAAAGGAUCCAGAGAAGGAAAUGGAUAUGAUACAAGCUAAGGAAGAAAUUAAAAAAGCAAGAGAGGAAGAGGAACAGUUGAUAAGAGAAAACAUCAAGGAAAAGUAUUUCCAAAGUCAAACUGCAAAAGAUGAACUCUAGUUAUCUUGAUAUUUAUUUUGGGAUAACUGUAAUAUUAGUAUUACUUCUGUUUUAAUCCAUUAUUAAGUAUCAAAUGUUUACAUAAUAAUUUAUUCUCUAUCAAAUUUCUUAGAAAAAUAUUCUGAUACUUUUUGGUGUAGUCAUCAUUUCCCCAACCCUUAGACAGUUUGUGUCUGCCAAGGUAAUUUCCUUUAAAAAUGUUACCUUUCAACAAGAAUCAUACCAAUGGUGGAUUCUGGGGAUGUUUCUCAUGGGGAAGAAAGUUUUUUGUUAAAGCUAGAAUUUGGUAAGGUCUUAUAAAACAAGGAUAUAUUAAUAAUUCCUUAUGUUGCCUGUAAUAUAUAAAUAUGAAACUUUUCAAUCUAAAAUCUGUAACUAAUAGUUUUGGUAUAAAAAUUUUGCAUAUUCAUAAUUUAUAUUUUAUUUGUAUUAGAAAGAUCAGUUCUUUGCAGGUAUGUAUUUUCCUUUGCAAUUAAUAUUUUGAGGCUUUUUGUCACCUGCAUAGCAAUUUAUUAAUUAUAAUACAGAGAAUAAAAAUAAUUUAAAGUGUAAUAACACCUUUAGCACUGAUUUUUAAUCUUUUAAUUUUUUCUUAAACUAAAUGGGUUUUUUCAAUAUGAUAAUGUUUACCUUUCCUCUGAAGAAAACCCAGAUUUCACAAGACAUAGGACUUGAAAUAGCCGAAUUUAAGACAUUGAAAAGUUAAAGACCUAGAUUUUUAUUUAUUUUAAAUUUUCUUUAUUUUAUUCCAGUAACAAAUCUACAUUCAUGUUGUGCUCUUCCCCCCCCCCCCCACCUCCUGUAAUGGACAAGCAAUUCCACUCCACUGUUCUUCUU